AUGAUCAGCUCACGGGCACAUCACGUCUCACACAGUCCUAGGUCCGAGGUGCAGAGAGCGCAGUACGAUACUGCGCUAGGAACGAGAGCUCGCGACUCACGGCGGGCGGGCGGGCGCGGUCACGGGCGCAACCUUCGUGUCCGUGCUAUCUCAAGCCUAUGCCGACGUGAGCUAGCUACGCAAUCCGCUACGCGCUCGCUCGCGUGA